AGCGCGGGUGUCCCAGUGAGGUCGUCUCCAUCCCUCGCUCAGUCGGCUCCCUCACCUCGCCCGGGAGAGAGUCACGAGCAUCAGCGUCCCUCCGUCGUGAACGAUAAUAACAUGCAUCAAUAAACUAAACAUAUCAAAUUACAUUAGAAAAUAGCAAAAAGUCAUCGCCCCUCGACUCUUGAACUCUUAUGAUGACUGACACAACAAACUCACCGCUGACGUAAAGAAGAGGACACAGGUAAUUCACUCAAGGAACUUCCCAGCUCGAUCAAACUUCAGGAUGUGGUUGUGGUCUCCCCUAGUGAGGCCUCAGCUCACUUCCAGUAGCAGUUGGAGGAAGACAACGACGACGACAACAACGACGACAAAUAGCCAGAAGGAAAAUCGUCAUCGUCAUCGUCAUCCGCGGCGGGCUGUGGACGGCGUAGUGGUGGACGAUAACAGACGGAGGAUGUGUUUUGGUGGACUUGAAGCCCUCGUGUUGCUAUGGACCUUGGCCACCAGUCUCUCCCUCGGAGAGUGCGGCAAAGUCAACAACUUGGCUCUUCUCGACAGUUUACUGAAAGAUUACGACCGGAGAGCCACCCCCACCAACCACCUCAACAACGCUACCAACGUCAUGUGUGAGCUGUAUAUUCGAAGCUUCGGAUCAAUCGACCCCAACUCUAUGGAUUACCAGGUCGACUUAUACCUCCGUCAGGCGUGGGUCGACGAGCGCCUCAACCACAUCGACAUAGAACAGCCUCUGGACCUCAAUGACCCCAACCUAGUGAAGGCCAUCUGGAAGCCUGAGGUGUAUUUCCCUAACGCCAAACACGCUGAGUUCCAGUUCGUCACCGUACCCAACGUUCUUGUCAGGAUCAAUCCCCUGGGCGAGAUUCUCUACAUGCUCAGACUGAAGCUGGUGUUUGCCUGUAUGAUGGAGCUCUCAAAGUUUCCUCUGGACUCUCAAGUGUGUACCAUGGAAAUAGCCAGUUUUUCCAAGACGAUGAAGGAGCUGAAACUCUCGUGGAAGAGUGACGCGCCCAUCAAGAUGUAUAAGAACAUGAGGAUGCCACAGUUUGAGAUGGAGAAGAUUGUCCCCACCACCUGCCAGGAGUCCUUCCAGAUAGGUAACUACAGCUGUCUGGUGGCGGAGUUCCACAUGCGUCGUGCCAUCGGCUUCCACCUGGUCCAGAGUUACCUGCCCACCAUCCUCAUUGUGGUCAUCUCAUGGGUUUCCUUCUGGAUGGACGUCGACUCGGUGCCAGGGCGGACUACUCUAGGCGUUACGACCCUCCUCACUGUCUCCUCCAAGUCUUCUGGUAUCCAAGCGGGUCUCCCACAGGUGUCGUACGUGAAGGCUAUCGACGUAUGGAUGGGCGCUUGUACAGCCUUUGUGUUCUGCGCCCUGUUGGAAUUCACCUUCGUCAACUACCUGUGGCGUCGACGUCCUCAGAUGGAACUACGAUCUCGGGGUGGUUCCAACGGGACCUGCCUGGCGGAGCGCUACACCCACAUCAGCUCCUACAACCACCCACAACAGCAGAAGGCCUCAACAGCUCCCAUCCCCAGCCCCACUGAGGUCAAGAUCACACCUGCAGGAGGAGGAGCCGUUGUGACCACCCCCGGCAGCGCUCCUCCAUGCAGUUCCGAAAUGCACAAGGGUAGCAAUACUUCCCCGGGACACGACGAAGCUUCUCAUAUGACAGCUCAGUUCGUCAGGGCCAUCAAGCAAAGUAACAAAAUUAAAGCUAGGCAGAUUGACGAGUACUGCCGUGGACUGUUCCCUCUACUGUUUGGCUUCUUCAACAUCUUCUACUGGUGUUACUACAUGCUCUGAAUGCUCCCUAAAAUGCUCCAACAUCCUCCAAAAAUGCUCCUUCUUCGUUGGUUAUAAUGCACCGGUGCUCUAAAUGCUCUAUUGCUCUAAAUAACACGAUACUUGAUAUACUAUUAUGAUUCUAUGAAACAAAUUCUCUCUUCUUGCUCUUUCUCUUACCCCUUCUUUGCUGUCUCCUUCUGUACUACCUCCUCCCUCAUUCCUACUAUUACUGUCUCCUUCAUUCUUCCCUUUUCUUCCUUCUUAACUCCGUCUUUCCUUGUACACUUAUUGGAUGCGGAAAGUAUUAUUGUACACAUGUUAAAAAACACAAAGAAAUGUUUAUCCUCAUCUGUCAAACACAAAACACACACCUGUUAAACAUACAAUAACACACCUGUUAAAAAUACAAAAGCACUUAUGCACACCUGUCAAACACUCAAAAUAUACAAUUAACAAACUUAGGUAAGACUUAUAGGCAUUAGAUAAACCCAAAAAACAUUUCUACACAAUUAUUAAACCAGAAAAAACUACACACACCUGAUAAACCGAAAUAAUUCAGAUAAACCCUCGUACAUAUCUGAUAAACUACUUUACACAGGUGUUAAACCAAAUAUACACUUUACACAGAUUCAAAUCCAAGAAAAAAAGUCAAACCACUGUUAAACCCAGAUAAACAAAUACUUAAACACACUUGCUAAACCCAGGAAGACACCAUACACAGACGCUAAACCUUCCCUAUACACUCACACACAGACGCUAAACCAUUCUCAUACAUUCAUACACACCUAAACCCUCUCCAUACACUCAUACACUCCCUAAUAAAUCAUACGCAGCUGGAAUAUACAGACUAAAAUACACAUCUAUAUACCUGGGGCCCAGAGAGACAGGUGGUAAUGGUUACUAAUGAGGGACCCAACCUGACCACCGCCCCCCCAGGUAACUCUUAUUUACCACCUGGGAGUGAGUUGCACCUACUGACUACAGGUGCUGUUGAUGGAAAAGGCUGGGUCGUGUACAGUGUCUGACUACUUGGAUGGAGUGUAAAAAGUUGAAGCUUGUGGAGAAAAUGGCUAGGGAAAUUAUGGUCUGAAAUCACGCUUAUUAAUGGCUUGUAUUUAUGUUCAAUGACGUAAAUAAUUUCUUUAAAAACAUUCUUGUCUCACAUCCUGUCCACUAUCUGUGUCACGAAGAGGUCAGAGGUGAAGGUUUCGUGUGGUGAUGAAAAACAGAAAAAAUGACUAAACUGUAAUAUUUUGUUUGUGGUGGUGAGCACAUUGAGCUCCGUCAGUGUGUCAGUAAGUGAGGAGCAACAAGUGACAGUCGUGUAGAAGAUAAAGAAAGAAGACGUUGGAGCCCCUCGCUGUCCACCAGACAGCUGUAGGUGGGAGGGAGUGGUAACAGACACACGUGGGUUUAAUUCUUAGAUUAUAAAUAUUUUUGUAUAAAAGAUACGAAUGUCAUCAUCUGCUUCUGCCUUCAAACUCUUCCUCACUUCACCUGUCCCAGUAUACAUAUACUGUAUAUGUAUAUAUAUACAUAUAAAUAUAUUUCCUUAACGAACUAAGAUGAAUCAAUAAAUGUAGUACAUAUAUUUAUAUAUACAUAUAUGUAUAUGUUAGAAUUAAUGUGUUUUGUGACGUCGUGUGUCAGAGACUCAGUGUAUGGCGGAGUAUCAACCCGUGUAAGACUCAUCCAGCAGAGGAAACGUAAUAAUGUUGUGUGUUGGAUGGAGUCUUCCACACGCCUCUUGGUCUCUGUCACAAGACGCAGAAGAGAAAACGUAAUAUCAAACGCCUGUGUCUCAGCUUCAGCAUUUAUCUGAAACAAAUUUUCGACACCCGAGGUAUUCUGCUGCCCAUCACACGUCAUGUUAUUCUGCGUAAAUCUUUAACGCAAGAUUUUUUUCUGCUUCUGCGAGUAAAAUAUUGUCGAUAUAUAUAUAUAUAUAUAUAUAUAUAUAUAUAUAUAUAUAUAUAUAUAUAUAUAUAUAUAUAUAUAUAUAUAUAUAUAUAUAUAUAUAUUAUUUUCACUGUAAAUAAAGAGUGCUUGAGAGCACAGUACAGUGUUAGGAAGGUCAGCCGCCAGACUGACCUACACAAUAAAGGUCACAUAAACUGACCUAACAGGACGACUGUAGAUCACGUUACACCUUUAAUUAAGAAGUAGAACACCUGAGCCCCCGAUGAAAGAACAACUAACAUAAUACAAAAUAUUCGUCUCAUUACAGCAAUAAAUAUGUGCUGAGACUCAACCCUUCAUCCUGACUCAGUGCAAGUGAGGAGGAAGACGCGCGAGUCCCCCCUUAGAGAGCUGGCGACACACACAGCGUGCACCUCACUCUCCACCAAUUUAUAAUAAUAACUGUUAUAUAUGAGAAAAUAAGAGUAAUUAAUAUCGAGUUCACAGAAAUACAUCUAAUAUGUUAUGUAACAAAGGAACCUCGAAUAUUUAUACAAAUUGUAUUAUCGCGAAUCACAAAUAAAUACUGUAUUACUUUUUAAUGGCAGUUAUUCUGGAAUAUAUAAAGGGGUUUAAUAUCAUAAAUAUACAAUACUAAACAAUAACACUUUGAAUAAUUAUUACUUCACUGUUUACGUUUACAAAGUCUCUGACAGUAUUUGUAAAUAAACCAAAUGUAAAUACACAUGAAUCUUUCCUUCAACAUAAAAGAUACACACGGACUCGCUUGUAAGCUUUGCCUGCCUAACAAAAGCUAAAGAGGAAUUCAAUUUCAAGUUCUGACAAAAGUAGUCGCGAGAAUAUGUUUAUCAGACUAUUUUGUAAAGGAAGUUUGUGUUGAUCUUCCUGCCGGAGCGCUGAUGACUGGUUACUGGUGCUCCUGUGAGAGCCAAGACGAGGGAGGUGGUGUCUCGUCUUACCACCGAGACAAGACUGACAGAUCCCCUUCUAUGACUACAGUACUUAUAGGAAUAAUACUUAAACCCGAAUGAUUGUCUAGAAAUUCCGACACGUUAUUUGAAUCUAUUUGAAUUUGUUUUUUACUCAAGUUAGGCCUUUAUUUCCGUAUAGAUUUUGGAGUGAAAAUAUGUAAAUUUCCUUCCCGGGAAACAUUUAGAUUCAAAUCCUCUAUAUUUUUCCUCCGGGUUAUAUUUGGUUUUUAGGUAGACGCCGUUUCUCUGGAGGCAGAUGUGAGGUCACCACUACCUUCCUCACUGUCUCUCACAUCAAUCUACCCACAACAGAGAGACAAGUACGUACACUUCUUCGGGCUUUUGUACGUGAUUCCUCUAAGGUGUUGUACCUCUGUGAGGAAGGAUUCUCUGCUUAUUUUACAAUAUAAGACUUCUAAGAGUUCUGUGUCAAAUACGUUUCUCAUGCUCGUCUCCGGCAGAGUUCUGCAUUUGCUUGGCUUGCCAGUGUCAACAGGAAAGAAGGUUAGAUUAUAUAAUGCUGAAUUUUUAUCACGAACGGAGAUAUUACUGUAUACCAUUUCUUAAGUUGUAAUUGUGUGGCAGAGAUGAACAACAAUCCUAAGACAAUUUUGUUUUCACUCUUCAAGCAGUGAGUAUAAACAUAACCCAUCCUACUGAAGGUUAGUAUCAUUUUAUACAUAACUAACAUCAGUAAAAGAAAACAAAUAGAAUUAAUUGUAUUUGCUCGAUAUUUAACAGUGCAAAAUGAUCUUACAUGUUGGUUUUUUCCUUUCUUUGGUCUUAGAUGAAGCAGAUAUAUUGUAGUACUUAACUUUAUAGAUCAUCUAGCUCCUGAUACCAUCCCGUUGUAACACCUUACCAUCCCUUGCACGUCUUACUCAGAGUAAAUACAACUAUUAUCAUCUCAUUUGUAGUGAAUUUGUAGCUAAAGUGACGCUGCUGCUAUGUUGACAUGUCCUUAGUUCCUCGUUCCCUGAUAGUGAGUAAUUGACUGGUCAUCUAUAGCCUUCACCACACACUGUUUUGGGGUCUUCAGGAGCCUUCUCAGAUAGACAUUUGGUUGCUGGUUGUUUGGCGAGUCUCAACUACCACAAACAGCAACCAAUCAGCUGCUGUGAGGUGUGAUGACUGUUCUGGACGGUAGUAAUGGAGGAGGUUAAUUGACAGGUUCAUUCUUUUGUCAGUUUGGUUUUGUAUAUUGUCCACUGUCUCUCCCCACUACUGUCCACUGUCUCUCCCCACUACUACCCACUGUCUCACCGCUACUGUCCACUGUCUCUCCACUCCAUCAUCUGUUUCGGAAAUCGAUCACUUGAAGAUCAGCCACCCCUAGUUUAUUUCACCGAACCUAACCUAACAUGAUCUAUAAUCCAUAUUUGUGUUGAUUAUAGGAAGAGUUUAAGCCCCCAUGCAACCAUCACCUCCUCCACCAGGCUCCCUAUCACCUCCCCCCACCUCCUCCCACCUCCCCCAGACGACCUUUCACUUUCCCCAC